AUGUGUGGAAUCCUGUGUUCCUUCGCGGACUGCGUCGGCUUUACCCUCGAGCCGUCUACCGCGGGUCGUUACUGCGCCCUCUACACGAACGUCACUGAUUUCGCAAACAACGACACCGACGCUAAGCUAUUCCUGAGAUACAAGCACAAGUGUUUCUUCAAUGAGAGCGAUUGCCAUGACAUGGCCACGUGCUACCAUUAUGACGGAGAGAACCACACCUGCACUUGCAUACCUGGAUACGUUGGAGACGGGUUUACCUGUCAGGGUGCCUGCGUCGCCAACCCUUGCUUCCCAGGUGUAAGCUGCAUAGACACAUAUAACGAGACCUGGUACUUCUGCGACAGGUGUCCUCCGGGUUAUGGCGGUGAUGGGCAGACUUGUAUUGACCUGCAGUGCCCAAGCGGGUACGCGGGCGACGGCGAGACGUGCGGCCCCGACAGCGACCAGGACGGCUUCCCCAACAUCGGGCUGGCCUGCGCCGAGCCCGGCUGCGUCCAAGACAACUGCCCGACGUGGCCCAACUCUGGCCAAGAGGACGCCGACGGGGACGGCCUCGGCGAUGCGUGCGACGACGACGCCGACGACGACACCUUGGAAAACGAUGUGGACAACUGCCCCCUCGUGGCCAACCUCGGCCAAGCUGACGGCGACGGUGACAGCGUGGGCGAUGCCUGUGACAACUGCCCCGCCCUCGCCAACUCGGAUCAGGGCGAUGCUGACGGCGACGGUGUGGGCGACGCGUGCGAUCCUGACAAGGACAGUGACGGUGUAUCCGACGGCGCUGACAACUGCCCGGUAUUUAACAACACCGACCAGCUUGACACCGACGGCGACGGACUGGGCGACGCGUGUGACAACUGCCCGUCUGCUGCCAACGCGGACCAGGCCGAUGCGGAUGCGGACCUCAUCGGCGACGCCUGCGACGAUGACAUAGAUACGGACAUGGACUCCAUCCAGGACAGCCUCGACAACUGUCCGAACGACGUCAACAGCGACCAGGGCGACGCAGACGCAGACGGCGUGGGUGAUGUGUGCGACUUAGACGCCGAUUCCGAUGGCAUUCUCGGAACGUUCGACAACUGCCCGCUCGUGCCCAACGUCGACCAGGACGACAUGGAGGGCGACGGCGUGGGCGACGCAUGCGCACUCGACUUCGAUGGCGACGGCCACCUCGACGCCAACGACAUCUGCCCCAAGAACGGCGCCAUUUUCGAGCAGGACCUAGGAUAUCUACAGGAGCUGCUGAUGGACGACCCAGGGUCCUACGACCCGGCCAACUGGGUCGUUUGGGCCAAAGGAUCGCAGAUCGAGGAGACGAAGGAUUCUGACCCAGCGGUGGCUUUAGGAUAUGUCAGGAUCAGCGGCCUGGAUCUCGAGGCGACCAUUGGCACCACGGACGAUGGUGAUAACGACUUUAUGGGAUUUGCUUUCAGUUUUCACAGUUAUUCCGGGUUCUAUGUGGUGACGUGGAAGCAAGAGGGUGAAUCUUACAGUUCAGGCGGCUACAGUUCUUACGGCGAAAUGGGAAUUCACCUAAAGCUGGUCACGAGUCCAGCUGGCCCCAGCAAACGUCUCAAGACAGCUCUCUUUGACACUCCUUCUGUGGCUGGCCAUACGGAACUCCUCUGGCACAAUACCUUUCCUUGGUCGACAAAGCUCCUUUACCGCUUAAAGGUCCUCCAUCGUCCCCUGAUUGGCACCAUCCGCGUCUUCCUCAGCAUAGGCCCUACUUUGCUCGCGGAUUCUGGCAACAUCUACAACGACGUGUUGCGGGGAGGGCGGUUUGGUCCGUUCUGUCAGGGGUUGCCGGCAAUCACUUGGGCAAAUAUUAAGUACAGAUGCAACGGAUAUACCUUCAAUUAA